AUGUUGGUCGCUCUCCUGGUCGUGUCCUCUCUCCUGUCCUCCACCUCUGCAGAGUGGGGUAGAGAGGAGUGCACCGUCGUGGAUUAUGACUGCGACGCCAAACCGUAUUUGUGCCAAGAAUCAUGCAGAGCCAAGGCCGCCUCAACGGGCAGUUGGAACUUCGACCAUUACUGCAAGGAUAACCUGAUUCUGCAGCCGAAGGAGUGCUGCUGCAUCGAGAAUGACAUUUCAGAUAAGAGGGCAAUGGGGAGGCCGAGAUGA